AAUCUUGAGAGCAAAAUGAUCAGAUUUCUGAAGAAUGAACUGGAAAACUUUAAGAAAAUAUUACAAGAUAACAGACAAGAGUUUGUAAAGGACUUUAAUGACACAGAAGCAGCUCUUGAUCUGACACUCUUCUUCCAAAGAAAGAUGAAGCAAGAUAAAGCUGCUGAUACUCCUGAGGAUGAGCUGCUCUUCAUUAAUCAGCUUAAAUAUAGCCUGAAGAAGAAAUAUCAAAGUGUGUUUGAAGGUGUUGCUCAGCAAGGAGACUCCACACUUCUGAAUAACAUCUACACAGAUCUCUAUAUCACUCAGGGUGGGAGUGAACAGGUCAACACUGAAAAUGAGAUAAGACAGAUUGAAGCUGCUUCCAGACGUCAUCAAUUACUAGAGAUACAGGUUGAAUGCAAACAUUUGUUUGAAGCUCCUAAACAAGACGAGCAGAUCAGAACUGUCCUGACAAAAGGAGUUGCUGCCAUCGGGAAAUCAGUCUCUGUGCAAAAGUUUGUUCUGGAUUGGGCUGAAGGAAAAGAAAAUCAAGACAUCAGCUUCAUAUUUUCUCUUCCAUUUAGAGAGAUGAACUUAAUGGAAAAGAAAAGACAAAGUUUAAAAGACCUCAUAACUCAGUUUUUCCCAGAGACUAAAGGACUGAACCUUACAAGAAGCACACGAUUCAAAGUCCUGUUCAUCCUUGAUGGAUUGGAUGAAUGUCGUCUUCCUCUGAACUUUGCUGGUAAUGAGACGUGUCGUGAUGUAUCUUCAGCAGUCUCUCUGGAUGUUCUCCUGACGAACCUCAUCAAGGGAAAUCUGCUUCCUUCUGCACUCAUCUGGAUCACUAGCAGACCAGCAGCUGCCAGUAAGAUUCCUGCUGACUGUAUCGACCGGCUGACAGAGAUACGAGGAUUUAAUGAUGCCCAAAAGGAGGAGUACUUCAGAAAGAGACUCACAGAUCAGAAUCAGGCCAGAGAAAUCAUUGAUCACAUUAAACAGUCAAAGAGUCUCUUUAUUAUGUGCCACAUCCCAGUCUUCUGCUGGAUUUCAGCCACUGUUCUCCAGAAUAUUUUGAAGGAGAACAGAAAUACUGAACUGAAACACAGGGCUAAUGCUGAAACACUGCAGGAAUCUCCCAAGACUCUGACACAGAUGUACACACACUUUCUCCGCUUUCAGAUUCAGCAGAGCAGAAGAAAGUAUGAUGGAGAAAACACACCAGAUGUCUGCUGGGAUCCAAACGUCAUCCUUUCACUGGGGAAACUGGCCUUCCAGCAGCUGGAAAGAAACAAUGUGAUCUUCUAUGAGAGCGAUCUGAAAGACUGUGGCAUUGACGUCUAUAAGGCAUCGGUGUACUCAGGCAUGUGUACCCAGAUCUUUAAGAAGGAGACAGGAUUUGUUCUUCAUACCAUGCACUGCUUUCUUCACUUGAGCAUUCAAGAGUUCAUUGCAGCCCUUUACCAACAUCUGUUUCUAGACAGAGACAAGACACAAGCAGAAAAAAGUAGACAUGAGUCCAUGAUUGAUUUGCUGAAGACUGCAGUAGACAAGGCUCUGGAAAGUGAGAAUGGACAUCUGGACCUUUACCUUCGCUUCCUUCUUGGUCUGUUACUCCAGUCCAAUCGACAACUCUUACGAGGCCUGUUGACACAGCAGGAUGACAGUGACCAAAGCAAAGAGGAAAUAAUUGCAUACAUCAAGCAGAAACUUGAAGGAAAUCUGUCUCCAGAGAGAUCCAUCAAUCUGUUCUACUGUCUGAAUGAACUGAACGACCAAACUCUGCUGAAAGAGAUUCAGUCUCACCUUAGUAGAGGAAGUCUAUCAUCUGCUCGCCUUUCACCUGCCCAGUGGUCUGCUCUGGUCUUUGUGUUGUUGACCUCAGAGGAGGAGCUGGAGGAGUUUGAGCUUCAGAAAUUCCAGAGAUCAGACGAGUGUCUCAUCAGACUAUCAGCAGUCAUCAAAUCCACCAAAAGAGCUCUGCUACAGUGUGGUAAUCUCACUGUUCGGUGCUGUGAAAGUUUGUCUUCAGUUCUACAAUCCUCAAACUGUGUCCUGAGAGAGCUGGACCUGAGUAACAAUGACCUGCAGGAUUCAGGAGUGAAGCUUCUCUCUGAUGGACUGAAGAGUCAACACUGUAAACUGGAGACACUGAGAUUGUCUGGCUGUAUGGUGACAGAGGAAGGCUGUGGUUUUCUGUCUUCAGCUCUGACUUCAAACCCCUCACACCUGAGAGAGCUGGAUCUGAGCUACAAUCAUCCAGGAGAUUCAGGAGUCAAGCUGCUCUCUGAACAACUGGAGGAUCCAAACUACACACUGGACAAACUCAAUCUGGAUCAUGGAGGAGACACGAGGAUUACAGCAGGACCACGCAAAUAUGUCUGUUUCCUCACACUGGAUCCAAACACAUUAUACACUGGUCUCAUUCUGUCUGAAGAGAACAGAGAGGUGAAGAGUGUGGAAGAGAAUCAGUCGUAUCCUGAUCAUCCAGACAGAUUUGAUUAUUAUCGUCAGGUGUUGUGCAGAGAGAGUGUGUGUGGAUGCUGUUACUGGGAGAUUGACUGGAGUGGAGAUGUUGGUGUGUGUAUAUCAGUGUCAUAUAAGAGCAUCUGCAGGAAGGGACGAGGUGCUGAGUGUUGGUUUGGAUAUAAUGCUCAGUCCUGGAGUUUGAUCUGCUCUUCCUCCAGUUUCUCAUUCUCACACAAUCACACAGAGACUCAUCUCCCAGUAGAGCCGCUCAGCAGGAGAAUAGGAGUGUUUGUGGAUCACAGUGCAGGAACUCUGAUCUUCUACAACAUCUAUAGAGACACAAUGAGGCUCAUCCACUCAGUCCAGACCACAUUCACUGAGCCGCUCUGGCCUGGGUUUUGGGUUGGUUCUGGAUCAUUAGUGAAACUGUGCUGAAGACUGAGGAGAUAUUUACCCAGAAUCCUCUGCAGGAUCAGUCAGCAGCAGUGAGAUGGUGUGUGUGUGUCUAUGUGUGAGUAAAAAAAAGAUAUCUGUUUGUGUGUGUGUGUGUGUGUGUGUAUUGCUGUGUGUACAUGUGCAUGUGUAAGAGAGUCUGUAUUUGUGUGUGUGCAGGUGCUUGUGUGUGUGUGUGUGUGAGUGUCUGUGUGUGCAUGUGUUCACUGCUCUGUGUUUGAGUGUGUGUGUGUGCGUGCACGUGUGUGAGAGAGUCUGUGUGUGUGUUUGUGUGUGUGUGGUUUGGGGGGGGGGGGGUUCAUUCUAUGAAACGGGUGUCAUUUGUGUCCGUAACAUUUGAUGAGCUGCAUGAAGCACAAAAAUGUCCUAAAAUGUGUUUACAAAGAUUAAAGUGAUGAAUUUAAGGGUUCUUGCUAGCAUGAUAUAUUAAAAAGUAUCACUAUUAAAGAGAAAUAUAUAUUUUUUUACACUUUUUCAUGAUUACAUAACACAUUUCACAUGUUCGUGCUGACUAACAUUGCAUAGCACCUAAAAUAUCAUCAGGGUUCGUACGGGUGCUGGAAAUCCUGGAAAAUGCUUGAUUUUUAAUAUAGUGUUUUCAAGGUUAGAAAAAGUGCUUGGAUUUUGGACAAAGUGCUUGAACCUGCUUGAAAUUGAAAUUGCACGACUUGAAAUUACGACCGUUUUGGUCACAUAUGUGCCCGAAAUUUCAUCUAUCUGAGCUUCACGCAGAAUGCCUAUUUGCACUUAAAAACGGCAAACGCAGCACUCAGGAACAGUUUUAAACAGUCGUCAUGUCAACUUAAUGCAGUAAACAAAUCCCACAACGCCCGCCCCACUGCUCUUCUGAUUGGCCCACUGCUUGCAAUGAAUGCGAAUGGAUUGGUUAAUGUAAGCUGUCAAUCAGUUCAGAUGACAGAGAGAUACUGCUGUGAAAAUUUAAAGGUCUGGAUCCAGUCAUUGGUUACCCCCAACACUGUAUCCCAUUGGUGUCAAAUUCAGUUGCUGGAGUUCCCAUCCUACUUCAACACACAAGUGCUCUAUGCACUGCAUGUGUUGUUCAUUCAUUUAAUAAAAGGUUUUCAUAUCUGCUGAUUUGUUUAUUGUGUUAGACAUUUUCUGUUGUAUAUUUGUUUGCUGCCAAAACAAUAAAAUACAUUUGUUUAAAGAUUUGAUAUGCUUUCUAGUUGUAAUAACAGUUACGAAUACUGAUUAAUUUUAGUAAAACUAAACUAUAUAUACCACUGAUGUGUAUGCAGUAGCUGUUAUGCUGUGAGUAUAGAACUACAGUACAGUAACUGUAAGCAGUUUUCAGUUAGAACCGUUUUGUUCUUCAAUGCUCUGUAAAGUGUCAUAUUGCAUUCCUGGAAAUGGCACACCUCCGGUUUAACUCCAUCACAUAAUGCUGUAGCGAAGGAGAAAGCAAAAAAUCCACAAGUGCUGUAUGACUGCUGCAUUGAACAUCGGGCUUUCUGAUAACGAACUGGGUAAAUGUGGGCAGAUAAGCCAGGAUAACUUUUGUUCUGUUUGCUUGAAGAUAUUUGUGUCCAGGCUAUCAUAGAUGUAAAUCUCGUUGGAUCCACAGAAAAGACUGCCGUUAUCCAGUGGUUGUCGUUUCCGUUCAUUAUUUGUACAAAUGGUGUCUGUGACAUCACACCCCCUCAAUGAACACUUUGUUAGAGCAAACUGGACUGAAACCCAUGUAUGUGAGGAAACUUCUGAGCAAUAUAAAAGGAAGCUGCCUCCACUUCAUCACUGCUGAGCCAAGUGUAUGGGUGAAGAAUGCUAAACAAUUGUUCUUGUUUCCGCUGUACCUCUUUCACCAAUUUCUUGGCUUUAAUUACCUCCUUUGGUGAAUAAUGUCCCCUAAUUGGUCCACGGGACUUUUGUCUUUGUGCUCUUUUUCGUUUUUGCCCUUUCUAUGAGAUAAACAUAACAAAUAGGCAUACAUUUUAUUAAUUAUUGCACCUCGGUUGUCAUCUCAACUCCUAUUCACCUCUGAAAAUUAAGUCUUCCCUUUUUAUUUUAGAAAUGUGUGAUUACUGUUUUACAGCAGUAAAUGAGAUCUAUCAAGUUAGAUUUGGAUAAAUCUAUGUUUAGCAGUUUGUUAUUUAAGGAAGUACACAGUAAAGUACAUUAAAAUAUUUUAUUUUGGUAUGUUCUAACUUCAUUUUUGUAUCUAAAAGAAGUAUACAUAUUAAGUCAAUUGUUAGCACACAUACUUGUCUGUCUCGUAUUUGCACAUAAAAUUAAUAGUUUUAGCUUCAAAGCAUCUUUGUCUUGACUUCCUGUCUCCGGGUCCUGUGCUGCCACUGAUGUUGUCUGCUUUUGUGUAGGAGUGCUGAUUAUCUUUGGGACAGUGGACAUCUACAUUUUACAAAGAGAAUAGAAAUUACUUUUUUUUAUAUUUGAGAAAUGCUGAACUGGUUACAUAAUGCAUCCAAUAAACUGGUUAAAUCAGCUUGUUCCAUCAAAUCUCUGUCCAUACUAUCUCACAAUCUUCUGAAAUUGACAUUAUUACUGUGCAGCUGCUUUGACAAAUUAAUGAAUUGAUAAGGUUAACCAUUACCUGAAAAGCAUCUUUGUCUUGGCUGCCAGCUUUUUUUGUCAGAUUGUGUCUGUUUCUGAAUGGGACUGUUGUUUGUCUUUGAGGCUGUAUAUGCCUGCAUUUUACAAAAAAAGAUAUUAGAAAUUACAAAUAUCUUUAACGAAUGCUGAACUGGUUUGUAUUUAAAUGUGCUUCAUGUUACCAUUGUGUUUUUGAAAUUAAAUGGCUUGAUGAUGGAGGUCAUGCAGACCCCUCCUCUA